UGCAGCCUUUGUGUCCUCUGCCCCAGAGAGGCCGUGGCCAAGCCCGUAGCUCCCACCUAAGCACAGCUGGGAGCCCAGAUUGCGACCGAAUGGCCACCUCCACUGGCAUGUCCUUGCUCCUGCUGCCGCUGCUGCUUCUGGGCUGGGCUGGCACUGGUGCCGUGGCCGAGGCCGUGGUGUGUGCGGGGACUGCCUGCUACACGGCCCACUGGGGCAAGCUGAGUGCGGACCAGGCCCAGGUUAACUGCAGCACCAACGGAGGCAACCUGGCCACAGUGAGGAGCGCUGAGGAGGCCCAGCGUGUCCAGCAGGCCCUAGCCCAGCUUCUUCGACCCGAGGCACCACUGACUACACGCACAGGCAAGUUCUGGAUUGGGCUCCAGCGGGACAAGGGCAAGUGCCUGGACAGCAACCUGCCGCUGAAGGGCUUCAGCUGGAUUGGUGGUGGGGGCGACACACCGUACACCAACUGGCAAAAGGAGCCCAAGAACACGUGCAUCUCCAAACGCUGCGUGUCCCUGCUGCUUGACCUGUCCCUGUCGCCCCCCACCGGCCGCCUCUCCAAGUGGGCUGAGGGCCCCUGCGGGAGCCCUAACUCCCCGGGAAGCAACAUCGAGGGCUUCGUGUGCAAGUUCAGCUUCGAAGGCAUGUGCCGGCCCCUUGCCCUGGGGGGUCCAGGCCAGGUUACCUACACCACCCCCUUCCAGGCUACCAGCUCCUCCCUGGAGGCCGUGCCCUUUGCCUCGAUGGCCAACGUGGCCUGUGGGGACGAGGGCAAGGAGGGGAGCCAUUAUUUCUUGUGCAAGAAGAAAGGCGCCGAUGUGUUUGACUGGGGCACCUCUGGCCCCCUCUGCGUCAGCUCCAAGCUAAGCUGCAGCUUCAACAAUGGGGGCUGCCAGCAGUACUGCUUUGAUGGGGGUGAGGGUUCCUUCCGCUGCGGUUGCCAGCCAGGGUUCCGGCUGAUGGACGACCUGGUGACCUGCACCUCCCGAAACCCCUGCAGCUCCAAUCCCUGCAGAGGGGUGGCCACAUGCAAGCCCGAUUCCCUCGGGAAAAGUUAUAGGUGCCACUGCCCCCCAGGCUACCAGCUAGACCCGAGUGAGCUGGACUGCAGGGACGUGGAUGAAUGUCAGGCCUCCCCCUGCGCCCAGGAGUGCAUCAACACCCCUGGGAGCUUCCGCUGCACCUGCUGGGUGGGCUAUGAACCUGAUGAGGGGACCUGCCGGGACUUGGAUGAGUGUGCCCCAGGCCGAAACCCCUGUGCCCAGGCCUGUACCAACACCGAUGGCUCCUUCCACUGCUCCUGUGAGGAGGGCUACAAGGUGGCUGGUGAGGAUGGCACCCAGUGCCAGGAUGUGGACGAGUGCACAGGCCAGGGGGCCGGCCCCUGCAGGGACCUGUGCUUCAAUGUGCCGGGCUCCUUCCGCUGUGGCUGCUUGCCAGGCUGGGAGCUGGCCCCCAAUGGGGUCUCCUGCAUCCUCGGCCACACGUCCCCUGGACCUCCCACAGAGGGACCUGCGCCCCCCACAGACAGACCUGCACCCCAGGGAGAGGGCCAAGGGAGCAUCGCCCCUUCUGCCAUAACAUCCAGUCCCCCCAGAGGCCCUGAGGACACUUCUGAGGAGGCACCCACCAUGGGGAGACCCUCCCUGCCCUCCAACAUCCUCUUCACCCAUGCCCCACCCAAGCUCCUGGCCUCCAGUGGGCCCCCCAGCAACAAGGUGGAGCCCAGCACCAGCCGCCCCACGGCUGCUGCUGGCCAUGCUGAGUCUGCAGACGGGGAUUCCAUGGCCAAACAAAAUGAAGGCAGCACCAAUGGGCAGAAACUGCUUCUAUUCUACAUCCUGGGCACUGUGGUGGCCAUCUUACUACUGCUGGCUCUCGCCCUGGGGCUACUGGUCUACCGCAAGCGGAAAGCAAAGAGGGCAGAGAAGAGGGAGAAAAACACCCCAAGCGCAGCUGACAGUUACUCCUGGGUUCCCGAGCGAGCUGAGAGCAGGGCUAAGAAGAAUGAGUACAGUCCAACGCCCGGGACAGACUGUUGACGGGAGAUGACCCCAGAUCCUUUCAGUGUCAGAUGACUGCCACCAUCCUCAGAUCCUGAAACACCCGACCAAAGCAGGACCUCGUCCUUCCCAAAGACUGGACUGGAAUCUUAGCAAACAGUUGUGAACUUUCUCCUCAAAAGGCUUCGCGCUUGGGCGUUUGCAGGCAUCUUCUGUGUGUGCUGUUGCUACGCAGCGGGGUGUCGUUUCGCGAACUGUGAAUGUUGACGGUGCUCACUCACUUCUCUUUUCAAACUGAAAUGUGACUGAUUUCACUUUUUGCAUUGAUUCAGGGUCCAGGGAUCAGAAGACCGGGGCUAAUGGGGCUCCUUUGUGCUGCGCCUCUGUUCACCUUCGUAGUCUGAAGAAGAAAAGGCAGUCUGCUAGUCAGGGCUCAGAUGACAGGCUCCUCCUAGCAGAAGAGAGACUAGGUCAAUUAACUGUUUAAUUGUAUUAACGAUGUUUUUUCUUUUUGUCAAAGGGAGAAUCUGGAGGACUGGAAAAUUUGUCUUUACUUUUACCAUUCUGCUUUUUGCCAUUCUUGAGUUCUGUACUGUUGAAACCCCAGAAUGGUCACAAGCACAGGGAAUGGCUCAGGAGCCAGGCAGGAGGCAGAUAGUUUAGAAAUCACACCUCCUAUUUCUUAAGUUUCUAAUAGUCUUGGUUUCUGUGUAAGUAAAGUUUGAAGAAAAAAAGAGGGAAAUGUUUGAAGUGAGUGAAAGGUAUUUUUGGAAAUGUGAUCUAAAGGGCUAGUGAGAGGGGCGGGAGAUUGUUUCACAAAGGUGAAUGCACGGACAUUAAAGCGAGUUAGGCCACUGGUGAGGGGAACAGGAAGAGGGAACAAACCAAAAGCAGCUUGUCUCUGAGCCAGGGCGGGCACCAAAACAGUGCCGAGCCUUCCGUCCCCACUCCCCAGCGCUGUGAUGUGCUGUGUUUUGAAAGCUGUUGUUAUAAAGCAUUUCAGCCUAGUUCGCCAUCGGUAUGCAUCCUGAGAAUGCUGAACCCUGAUUUCAGGGUGUCACACCACAGAGUUAGGGACUGGGCAUGUGGAAUGCCAUUACAGCAUUCUUCAAGGGGUUCUUAUCCUUCUAUUUAAAAAAGGGAGGGGCGGGAGAAAAAGGUUAAAAUCUUGUAACUUAAAAGCUGUCCCAAGCAAUGUCAACUCCUGUCCUCCUUGGUAAGUGCACACUUGCGCGGACUCCCUCCUACAAUGCGCGGUCCGUAGCUCUCUGGAGGCACAGUCCUGCCUGCUGGACACUACAAAGCAGCCCUUAGAGUUGCCGAGGGUCAGAGUGCUAGAAGUUUCCUGAGCAGCAGUUGGGGUCUCAGGUCACCUGGCGGCUUCUGCUCAUGUCCUGUCAGAGAAUGGACAGAGGGAAUGGGUCUCUUUCUAAGGACUCCAAAGUUUGUGCCUCUCAGAACAAAAAUGAUCUAAUUAUUCUGAUUUUGCUUUAGAAAUGCACCUGUCCUGGAGGUGGACCCUGGGACAGUUGAGUAAUGCCGUGGGUGCACCGCCUUUAGGGUUAAAGAAAUAUUCUUUUGCCAAUUUUGAAACGUAGAUGUUAUAGCUCAGUUUUUUGUUUUGUUUAAGAAAAUGAAAAACUGAAAUGAUGAAAAACUGAAAUGAUGAAAAAGAAAGAUUGAGGCUUUGCGGGGCUUAACAGGAUGUUCAGGACUUAUGCUUUCUAAAGUCAUCUAAUAUUCUUCAGUUUCCAGUUGGAAAACAAGGAUUUAACACUUGAGCAAAACAGAGAUUGUCAGUUUGGCACUACUUGGUGGGCACAAGACCCUCAAACUGAGGUUUGCACUCUGCUGUGUGGAAACCAACCAUCCAACCACUCAGCUAGUUUAAGAGCCUGAGCAGAUGGCUGCUGAACAGUACCUGGGUGUGAGUGAGAACAAACCCACAUUCAACAUCUUCCCCUUCUUCCAUUCCUACUCUUAUCAUUUGGGGUGAUGGGAAGAUACUCCUUUAAGGACUGAGCAGAUGCUGUGGGGUCCUGAGUUUGCUGAGAUGAUAAGAUGCCCACUCAUCUUCACAGUGUUGUGAUUCCUGAGAUACCCCAGCCCCUUGUUCUGGCCUCUGUGUUCAAUUUUUCUGUGGGUGGGAACAUGCAACCCUGGUCCCAACCCCAGGAGGAUCUUGGAGCCCCUCUGUGGAACCCACAUGUGGAGAAAGGGUUGAUAAUAACACAGUUCUUCAGAAUCUCUCCCUGACAAGGUGGUGUGCCUCACAGGAUGGAAAUCAUUGGCCUUAAAUGCUUUAGCCUCCCCUCUAACUCUGCAGUUACUUUGAAGCAUGUGGAUCCUUGUUUGGGGAGCUCGAGGGCCACAACUGGUCUGGAUAAACACAUGCCCAGUGGCCGAGGGGCUGUUGACAAGCUGUCCAGUUAUCAGAUGGGCCGGGUUGUGGAGCUGGGCGAGAGGCACUCUUGGUCCCUCCAGGAGAGUGUGCAGUUUGUUCUGCCCCUGUGGUGACCACUCCCACAGUAUCAUCGGGCUUGGCAUCAGCAGAGGCUGCUGUUGCCCUCAAGCAGCAGAACCAGCCGGGGCUAUGGGCGCAGGGAGAGGGCAUCACUUGGCAAUUUGCUGAAGGACAAUGGGGAUUAUUCUUUGUCCAAAUAGAAUUUCCCAUAGCUCAGUAAUUCUGGGAGACUCUUAGAAAACUGUAUUCAGGACUAAUUCACCCCUCCCACCUCCCAAAACAGAACAUUUAGAAGGGAGAUGCCUCCUUAAACUGGCAGCUCAUGGUGGUCAUUUUGGAAUAUUAGGUGACAAUUGUUGCUGUUUUCUCUUAUUCGUUUUUGGAUUGCAUGUUGUGUGGGUGGGUUACACCAUGUUCCACUUUGCAGAGAGAAGGAAAGCAGGCUGGAGGCCCCAUCUAACCCUAAGUAUCAUUCAAUGAUAGAACAGAAAUCUUCAGAAAAGCUCAUCUUAAUAUCUUCUUUCUGAUGAUUAGGAAACAAAUGGAGCAAAAUUUUAACAGUCAUAUGUGCGUGUCUAUGGACACUGUGUAGGAUGAACUGAGUUGUAAAUGGAUUUCUUUUCUCUUAAACACACAUGUACAAGUUGCUAUUCUCUUUUAAGCUCUUCUCAUGAACCCUUGUGUGAGCAUACGUGUGUUGGGGCCUGAGCUUUUAUCACUGAACAGCCUUUGAAGAAUAUGGAUACGAUUGUCACGUACCUUUGUUCAAUCCUCUUUCCCAUAACUAUUUUUGUGGCAACUAAGAGAACAGAGAUGAGAUUUGAUUUAAUUUUUUUUUUUUUUACUGAAUUCAAAAUAAAGCCAUUUUUAAAAGCAAAUACAGGAAAAUCUUUUCCUAUUAUUUUCCUUGUUAGCUUCUACAUUGUUUAAAUCAGGGAAACAGUGAAGUAUUGCUUUUUAGCAGCUGCAAAAUGGCUUAGUGUCCUCUACCUAUUUCCAUCACCUUGAAGAGCCUUAGCAAGGGAAUCUGAGACAUGACCCCUGAAAACAUCUGCCCCUGCUCUGGCUGCAAACUCAGUGCUUAAAUCUCUAUGACUUGUGGAGUUUGUCUACCAAAAAGAGGGGAGGAGGGUGGACAAGAAUCCAAAUUUUCCACAUAUUUAAUAUUCAAAUACCCUAUUGCUUUCCAGAUUCCCAAGUCUAGUAAAUAGUGAAGUAGUGUUUUUUAAAAAAAUGAACUAUGUUUCAGUCUGUGUUUGGAGAUAGUGCCCAUCUGUUUUAGAAACUAUAGAAUUCCUUUCUCCCAUUGUAACUCUUAUCUGCAAGGUAGCAUGCAUUUCCUUUCUGCAGACUUUGCCUGCUCUUCCCCCUGGGCUGAAGUUCUUUGUGCAGAUUUAGCUUAAGCUUGGACAAGAUCAUGUGUGAGGCUUGGUUCCCUGCUAUUAAAUGUGAUUGUGUCAGUAAUCACUUCGUAAAUCUCAAUGAAAAUGUAAGUACUCUUAAUAUGUGUAUUUGAAAUUCGUCCGACUAAUUCUGGAAUUACGGGAUUUAUUUUCAUCACCCUAUGCAUAAAUGUUUCAUGGGUUGUGGGGAGAGUAGGCUUGACCACUGCUCUGCUUCUUGGAGGUUGGACAAACGUGUGUGGAAUCUCGGGUCAGCCUUUAAGAAGUGACAGCUUUGUCUUCCUUCACACUUUCUGUUACCCACCUGUUCUAAUAAACACUGGAAUAUAUUUGCUGUGAGCUUGUUUUAAUAUAUUUCAUAACAACUCAAAAUAUGUGGCAGAACCUGCAUCUGUGGUCAUUAGAUUUAUCCGUUUUG